UCGUACUUGGCAUUGUUGAGAUAAAGAAUUAAACCAUAUGAAAAUGCCGAACGAACGACAUAUGGUUUGAAGAGUGUGAUUUUUGCUUCUCAUUAUCCAUAUAGGUACUAAAGUACCUUACAUAAACAAACGAAGCAUACUUGGAUACAUGACCCCUCUGUUGCACUGUACAUCUACUUUGUUGUUGCAAAAAUGGCACAUCGGCUCAUGAACGAUUUGAUGAAUUUAAAAGAUUCGCCCAAGGAUGUAAUCAGCUGGCUAACAAGCGAUGAAUUUGGCGAAAUGCAGUGGCUGAAAUUCAGCAAAAUUUGUACAAAAGAAGAAUUUAUUUUUUUCUUCUUGAAUUACCUGCAAGAUCAGUUUGGAAGUGUUAUUCAAACUGCUUGUGGUACUGAGGAAACACCAGCCAAAAAAAUUUUAUCUCACUUGCGAACAAGUAAAUUCAAUGAACCAGCCAAAAAAGACGCGAAGGUUAUGAAAAAUACUCCACUUUCCACACCAGAUAUAAUAAGAAAGUCAGCUUCAGUAUCACAGAGUAAUAACAUUUCUGGUUUUAGUAAUAAUAGUGCAACAUCGAUCAUACAUGAUUUAUCAGAAAGCGAUAAUUUCAGAGAAAACAGUCAAGUUAUCUCAAAUAGUACAUUUAGAACUUCCAAUAACAGUACACCUCUGGUCAAGACAAACUCUGUAACUAAAGCUCAAAAAAGAGUUGAAUUAAAAAGCUGCAGUCCUAAUCAAUUGGGUAAUAUCAAUCCUGCAUUUCAAGAAAAUUGUGAUUAUGAACAAGCUGAUGUAAGCAGAAACAUUAGUUCUUAUGAAGAGUCCUUUCCCAGUCUUGAAAGCAGUACUUCUGUUGGCGUGAGUGCUUAUAGUACUCCCAUCAAAGAUGACUCUUUGAAUCGAUCAUACUCUAACCGAAAAUCGAGUUCUUCGGUAUCAAACCAUAACUUGCAAAGUCCACUCUCAUCAUUACACAACGAUUCUCUGUUUAUGAUAAGUCCAAUUCAUUCAAAAUUUCAAUACGUGCAUAACAAUAGCCAAAAAAAUUACAGACAGUAUAAACAAAAUUCAACAAGUACGCCCGAUAGAUCCCAAAAUAGUGGAUCCAAAAAUUCAAAAAACUAUUCAAGACAAAAUAUUAGUUUAGGGAAUUUCAUAGGAGCUAAGAGUCGAAGCGCCAAAAAAAGUAGUGGAAAAAAAUCCAACAAAAUGAAAACAUCGUGCAAUGAACAAUCGAAUGAAGAAGAUAAAAGAAGUGUUUUUUCCGACACAUCUAAUAACAGGACAAAACAGAAAAGAAAAGUAAAUCCUACUUCUCUUGAUGUCACAAAUGAGAAAGGAACCAACGAAAAUACUGCUUUUGGAGACGUUUCAAGACCUUUUACUCAAAAUCCUCAGUUUGUUGAUGUACCACCAAUCGAUAAAUCUGCUGAUAAUGAAUCGUUCCAAGUUGAAAGAGGACUGAUAAAAAUUGAAAGACAGAAAAAACCGGAACCUUGCUUGGAUGAUAACAAAGAUACAAAGAAAGAUUUAACUGACGAGAAAAAUGAAAGUAGGUGGAAAAGAUUUCCUCGUACGUCUCAAAAAACGAUAAAACCGGUUGUUACAAUAACUCCCAAUAGAACUUUGGUAGAAAACAUUGAAAUUCUAAACGUACUGGCUGAGGUGUACAGUGGUUUCUUAGAUCAUAACUUAGUUCUUAAUCCGAUGACAGAAUUAUAUUUUAUUAUUUACUUGAUUACUGUUCAGUAUACAAAUACAGAAAAACUGAAAUCUCUUGUUAAACAAAGUACAGAAGAUAAAAUAGAAAAUGAUAGUUUGAACAGCUUAAAAAAGAGUUCUUCGUCAUUAAGAAAGUCUUUAAAUUUUGACAGCUUGUCCGACAACACAUUAGACAACAAUAUUAAAAAUGAUAUGGAGAACAAAGUUCAAGAUAACAAAUUUUUGCAAGAUUGUGAUUCUAUAAAUUUAGCAAGUAUGGCGCGAGACAAUUUGAACAUGCUAGAUAAUAAAGUAAAAUUGAUGACAGUCAGUGAAACUGAUGAUAGUAAAGUAAACGAUGCAAGGGACAAUAGAAAUCUUGAAGGAUCAGAAAGCACUGACAAUUAUGUUGAAAAGAAUUUCAACAACCCACACAAUUGUGUAUACUUUUCUACUCAAGUUUUAAACCUUCAACGAGAAUUCUUAAAGUGCUUGGACAGAGUGACUUUGAAAUUACUUUGUGAAAAUAGUCUCAUUGGAUCGUAUCAACCAGAACUGUGUGAAUAUUUAGAUUUGGUAUACAACAUUAAAGUUACUGAAGCUAAUAAAAUGAAGUCUGUAUUAAGUAUUGGUACAGUAGACUUGAAUGUAUGCUUCCAAAUAGAGACGGAUAAUUGCAAUGAAUUCCCGACACCAGUAGCAUUUAGCUCCUUUCGUAAGCAGCGUGACAUGUUUUAUGACAUUUUGAAAUUUUGGAAAGACAAUCACCUGCUACCCGGAUCGAAUUUCAAAAUUGCAUUGGACAGCAAAAUUAGAAGUAUCCUUGGGUUAAAUGCCGAUGUCACAAAUUUAACUCAUUUCACGCGACUUUUCAAGUCCCAAAUGCUUAUCUCAUGCAUCCAAAGUAGGAAUCAGGAAGACUUGGACGAAGAAACAGUCAGCUUUCUCAAAAACUUGAAAGACAGUAAUCCAGGAAAGUUUACGCAGCUGCAGCAGAAAUUGAUUACACCAUUAUCUCAAAACGGCCCGGUGCCAUUACCCUCAUUUCCUGGAAUUCAAGAAUUUUACAAAAACUUUAUUUUAUUAGCAGCCAAUCCUUCCUUUUACACGUACCUUGAAAACACGUUUGUGCAUGAAAUUAUGGAACUCAACAAUUCACACUUUGUCGGUAGUGACGUUGAGGAAAAAGAAACCGACGUUGACGAGCAGACGAAACAAAAUUUUAUUCUAUGCAUGUCGAAGCUGAAACUUCUUGCAAAAUUUUUAGGAUUCAUGAUUGCUUUACCAUACAAGUCAGAAACUAGUAUGCUGAAAAACGUGAUAAGUUCUCAAGUGAUGUUACGAAGCGAAUGCUUACCACGAAUAGAUUUACAAUAUUGUCUGCAAUCAGCAUUGGUAUUAGGAAAAUUGUCACUUACGGUUCCAUGGUUGGUGGAAUAUUUGGCGAUGAUGGAUCACGCAUCUCUUAGAUUGCCUUAUUAUAAAAAAGUCUUAGAAAUGCUCUAUUGUAUUUAUCGAGCGUCCAACUAUCUCGCAGCAACCAACGAGGAGGAGCUCAUGUCUCAAAAAACUGCGAUUCUGUUGAAGCUUUCGAUCGGCUGGUUGUUUGAAUUACCAGUAUUCCCAGUGGAAUUUUAUUGUAUAUGGCAGUCAAAGUACAACAGCAGGGUACUGAAAAUGAUUCGCGAAACACAGGUGUUAAAUACAAAAGCUGAUUGUGAAAGCUUGACCGAUGCCGAGACGUCCAUGGUCUCGGUUAAGCAUAACUUGUUUUUAGAUAAAUUAGAGAUUGUUGAUGAUGUGAUAUUGUACAAUUGUUGUCCAUUUUUAAAAGAGUUGAAUAUUUUAUUGAUAUCUGGAAAGCCUAAUGUAAAUAGUGCGUCGUAUAGGCAUGUUACUCCAGUUAGUAGUCAACUAGAAAAAUCUAAUCUUAAAAAAACAAGUGCCAAAAAUUUAGAGAUUCAAUUGGAAGAAGCAUUUUUUCACGGUCAACCAAUGUCCACCAGAAAAACUGUAGACUACGUGGCAGAAAGAGUAGCAUCUAGUUGUGUUAAAUAUAUUCGUGACAAAUUGUUACCUGUUGAGAGACAAAAUAAUAGUGAGGCAGUGAAGGAAAUGGCAGAUAAAAAUUAUAACAAAUUUUCAGUAGAAGAUACUGAACUCAUCAUCAAUUACCUGUCAAAGGACAUUGAUGCAAUAUCAGCAAAAGCUGUGAAGAAUAUAAAAGAGAGGACAGAAGAAGUGAUUCCUGGAAUCUGCGAAGCUCGAGUUACUCAAUCAAUCACAGCGCUAUUAUCCGAAGAUUGCUUGAAUGCUGUUAAAAACAUGUGUAUAAAAAUAGCAACGAGAAUGGCUUUAGAUAGAAUAGAUCAAUGGAUUUGGUCUCACAUUGUUGGCAGCUCUAUUUUCACAAAAGAUAUUGUCCUCGAAUUAAAAAAGGCAUGUAAGUUGGAUGAUGAGGUAAUAGUUGAUAAAAAAUACCAUAACCAGAGUGCACCGAGUCCUACAGAGAUUAUAGAUGAGAUUAAACAUUUAAUUUUUGAAUUACUUGAAAGUAGAGGGAUGCUAUUAACACAAGAAACGUUAUCUAAGUUUUGGAAUCGAUUGCAUGCGUGCUUGACAGAGCGCAGCGAUUUGAAAUCUAUUCCCGAAAAAAUGAUAAUAAUUUUAAGUAUCGACUUGUGUUUAUUUUCAAUGACUUACCGCCCUGAAUUAUUUACGGAUGAAGUUCAAGAAAAAGUUUUAAGAGCGUGGAAAAUAGAUCGUUUGAAAAUAUUCAAAGCAGAUACUCCAUUAUCGAGGUUACUUAGUCCAAGAAACAUAGAAUUAAUGGUACGCUCUGGUAAUAACGACGUUUGGCUGAUUUGUGGUAAAUUCAUGAAAAAACUGCUCAAAGAAAACAUUUUACCCAUCAAUGACUUGUGUGAGCAAGCUGUUGCUGUUUUGAGGACGGAUUGGGAUACUGGCAAGCACCAGGUGCGAGAGACCUUCAAAGCAGUGCCUGAAAAGUUUCUUGUGCUUGCCCUAAUUGGGCUUGCGUACCAGGUGCAAACUCUAUUUUUUCUACUGAGGGCACAGUAA